UGUGCACUGUAAAUUGAAGAGAAGAAAGUCUAGGGUUCUGUUUCAUAGAAGAGCAGAAAGGCAGAAACAAUGGAAGGAUGGGCAGACAGACAUCUAUUACAAAUUGCAAUAUCAGCUUUAACACUAGCAGCUGUCUGCUCUUCGUCCACUUCUAUGACUGAGAAAUCUUCAGAAAGUAUGGAACAGCUCAGUGACAUUUCAGAAUUCAAUUAUACCACAGAUGGAAGUACACAAGUGCCUCUUACAUUAGAACUUCUAAGUCCUUGUGCAGGCGAUGACCAGAGUUUCUGCAUGAAUGGACUCUGCAGCUAUCACAAAGAUCUCAAUAAACCUACUUGCAGGUGUUACAAAAAUUAUACUGGUGAAAGGUGUCAGCACCUAGUCUUGGACUCUCAUGGCGAAGAAAGUCCUGAAAAGCUCAUUGCUCUAGGAGUUGGUGUUUUUCUGCUCUUCUGUGCCAUUUUAAUUCUCUUCUGCUGCUGUUUAAAGAAAAGAUGUGUGAAACAGAAGUCUACGUAUAAGAUAUGCCCACCAGAAAACACAGUCUGAAGGUUUAAAGUGAACAUGGGAAAAACACUACUGGUUGUAAUAGCAAACUUUAAGUUGCUGCUCACCCAGACAGUUAUAGUAAGAGAGACCAAAUGAUUUCAAAUGCAUCCCAUAGUAAAGCUUUCACUUUAUGAAUGAUAGCUCAUUGUGAAAAUUUUUCAAUAUGCUUUGUCUUGAAUUCUGUAGCUGCAAAUAAGACACUUAAACAGUUACCGAACACAAUUGCAGACUACAUAAUAAAAUAACAUCUCAGUGAAAUUAGCAGAUGAAAGAUGGACUCAAAGUAAAAUAAAUCUGUAACACCUUAGCAGUGAUUACCGAAGUGAAUAAUCCUUGACAACAUAACUUGUUACAGAUGCCAAUUAAAUCAUUCAAUGGAUUAUUCACAAAAUAUAUUCAUAAGAACAUAAGAAUGGUCACAUAAGAGACAAGGCUGUUCAGCUCAUGUUGACCAUUGGUUUGUUGGUAGUUGACUGAUGCAUGGAUUUCAUCCAACUGUUUCUUGAAAGAAACUACUGUACAACAUGGCUGAGUAGCUUGUGUCAUAUGACCACAAGUCAAAUAACAACUGUUAUAAAGCAGAUUAUAUUGGUAUGAAGACCACAUUUUAUUGGUAUGACCGGCUAAACUUCUUGGUUUUGAGGGACAGCUGUAUGGCCAUUAGGAUAAGGAAAUCUGAACUUCCUAUGAUAAACCAAAGGAUUACUGUAUUAGAGGUGCCUUAGGGAAUGGUGCAAGGGUGUUAGUGUGCCAAAUGUUAUGGGCUAAUGGACUAAAUGUUUAGGUUUAUACCCUAGAAAGCUGGGGAGUGACAGGAAUUAGGAUUUGUCAUUCUCUCAAUCUUUUGUUAUAAACUAAAUUAAGAAGCUGGUGCACUUUAAUAUUUUCAGAAAACACAAGCAACAUUUCAAUAUUCUUUGAGACCCAAGACAGAAGGCAAGGGUUUAUGUUCACUAAAAUCAUCAUCAGUGCCUUGAUGAACAGUAUAGUGUUAGUACAGAAUAGUAUGUAUCCCAAUAAGAGGUCAUUCUAUAAAAUGAUACUGUACUGUAACCAAUUCUAUAAAAUUAUAAACUGUACUGUAACUAUUAUUCGAUGUGUUCUUUAAAAAAGACCCAAGUAAAUGCUAACCAAUAUUCUAUGUAUGAACAAUGAUGUUCUUAUGUUCUACUCAAGGUUAGAAUGAUUAGAAAAAGUUAUUUCAUGACAUUUUGAUCUGAAGCCAAUCCUUUUUUUCUGAAGCACUUCUAUCCAAAAAAAAAAAAA